AUGGACCGAAUUAUGCACGAAGAUCCAUCCACCAAAGCCGUGUUUCGUGAUUCCGAUGGAUUUCUGGUCAUUUUACAUGUCUUGUCUACAUUGCCACCAUUCCUCGAAGACGAUACGUUCGAAUCUGGACUCAAAGUGGUCAAUGAGGCUCUGGCAUGUAUGCAAUAUGCAUUUCGUAUCGCCUCGGAAGCAAUACGAGAUCAUACAGAAAACCUUCGGUACUUCGAGGAUCACGUUGGCUACGAAACACUGUCCGAAGCUGUGCAAGGCUUAGUGUUUAACUCUCAUAGUUCUGACAACGUCCUGGGACUGAUGUUAUGCCUGGCCUUCCAUGAUUUUUCCAUCUCAGGUUUGUUUAGUAUAUCGCACUCGUCGAUACAAACUUUUUCAGAGAUGGAUUCCAAAUUCGCGGCAUUGUCGCCUCAGUUAGGUCUAAUCCGUCUUCCUGGUGUAUUCAAAGUCCUCUGGGAGUCGUUAUGUCGCCUUAUAACCAAUGAUGCUCCCUUGCGGUAUAUCACCUACAAGCUACUGGAUCAUACGUUGGGCGUCACGCACUGGAACAAUGCCGUUCUGUGUAGAAUAGGUCUUGUCGAGACUCUUCUAUCAUUUUUCCAGGACUGUGGAAGCAAGGGAGAUUCCAUGAACAAAGAAGCUCGCAUUCUGCAGAAACUACUGAAGCGCACUUUUGAUAUAAGUGCAAAAACGGAUGAUGCCCGAUCUGUUUUCCGAAGAGCAGUCAAGGAUGACAACACUCUUGACAUGGAUGCAUUGGAAAUUAUCCGUUCUGGAAUGAAAUCUAGAUGGCCCGAGCAUUUCUGUCUCGACUCCACUGCGGCUCUCGUAUCAAGUCGAACGAGCACGAAAUCAUUGCCCUCAUCUGGUUUCACAUUUAUGGUGUGGCUUUGGCUCGAAAGGCUACCUCACCAUCAUCACGAUAUAUUUAGUGUCCAACUGGGCGCAGUUACUGUUCUACAGUUACACGUCUGCAGUGAUGGACGGCUGGCAUUUAAGAGCAGCGCAACUUCUGAUUCGGUAAUCUUUUCAAAAUCACAAUUAUCAACAUCACGCUGGACCCAUAUAACACUUGUGCAUCAUCCCCAUAAAGUGGCAUCGCCAACGAUACGUAUUGACUCGCUCCAGGCGGCAUAUCCCAAAACAGAAGGACUGGAGUCCACAUAUAUUAUAGGUGAUAUGUCUCAUGAUGCAACAAUGAGCUGGUCCAUUGCUUCAUCGUACUUCUUAUCUCUACCUUUCGAUGACGACUUGCCCAGAUUCGUUCAUCACUUGGGUCCUAGAUACAGUGGCCGUUUUCAAGAUCGAAGUCUGAUACGAUUUUUGACAUAUGAGGCUUCUACGUCGCUCAACAUGUACUUAUCUACGCAGACAUCAAAAAAUACCACAACAGAGACAUCGACCCUAAGAAAAGCAGUCAAAGACGGUAUCUCGAUUAGCGAAUCUUCUAUAGUGUUUUGUUUAACGCCAUCGAACUUCCCGACUAAUCAAACUAGAGACCAUUAUCUGGAUUCUUUGUCUACGUGGGGUCGUUCGGGUGGCUUUGUGGCUGAAGGAAGUGUACUGGCAGUACAUUCCCGGCCCCUUGACUUGUCGCUGUGGAAGAUUGGUGGAGUAGCGUUAAUAUUGCGGCUUCUCGACCUGGCGAAGACAUCUCAUGAGCUUUCACGAACUAUCGGAGCUCUAUGCGACAGUCUUCGUAAUAGCUGGCAGAAUUCCGAAGAAAUCGAGAAGCUACAUGGAUAUGAUAUAGUGGUCAAGAUUCUCCGUUCAAAGACUUCUUUGGUCAACAUCACAAGCUUUGAAACGUUGUUUGAAUUCCUCGGUCUCAACUUUCGAUCACCUGACCAUUCGACCAUCGUGAACACUGUGGCAUAUAGAGCCAUUGCUCUCGAUUUUGAACUUUGGUCGCAAACUAACGUGGAAGUUCAGCGUGUGCACAUAGAACAUUUUGCGUUCCUUCUGAGGGCAAGCCGCUUUAGAAAGUUCAAUGCCAAACAUAGGCUCCUAAAAAUGGGUAUCGUUCGCCGGUUUUUAUUUGUGCUUCAGUCAGGAUGGUAUCAGCCUGAUAUGGUACCGUUUGUUAUCAAUGCCCUUUUCGUGGUCGCGCAAGCCUCUUUCUCGGCUGAGGAUGCAAUCAAACCAAUUACAUCAUAUCUUGCUGCGAAUCUCCAUGAAGUCCUAGGUCAAAAGGGGAACGCAUCUCCUCGGUCAGUCGUUUCCCACUCUCCCCGGAGCCAGCGUCAAAAGGUGGCGGAGCAAGUUCUCGAAGUCUUUGUAUCUACACUUCGAGUGCCAUCGUUGCAUGCGAAGUUUGCUGCGGUUUUACCUUUGCACCGUAUUUGCUUAUUUCUCGACAUUUCUUCGUCAUUUGUUAGGAAGUUCGACUUAAUUCAUGGAUGGGCUGUGCUUAGAAUGGUUUUACCGAACGUUUGGGAUCAGGAUGUUCACAAAGCUGCUUUCGAUGUGCUCUUAGGGCGUGUAACAACAGGAAGCACUGCUGCUCCAGCUGACUCGGAGGCUGUCGUCAUGUGCUGUCCACAGCUCAUCCCAGUGAUUCUUACAGCACUUCAAAGAAGUAUUGAAGCAGCACCGUCCCCUUCUGUUUUUGUGGACGAGGACCAAGAAGAGCCAGUCAAAAGCACCACCGAGACCCUUCUUGAGGACCUGAUUAGCCUCCAUUCUUCCAGUGUUUCAUUCAGGCGUAUUUUCAAGUCACAGAGUAUUACACAGAUCCUAGUUGAUACACUGGUGUUAUCUGUACAUGCCAAAUCAGCAACUAGCGAGAUCAGUCAGCUGUCUCAAAGGUUGAGUGAGAAGUUGAUGCAUUUGAGCGCUCUCGUUGCGAUGGACAACGUCGUAACAAAUGCUACAAAAGAUAAAAUCUUAGGCAUUAUUCAAGCAGAAGGGAAGAAGGAAACUGUUUCUAUCAACACGUCGAAGAAUAGUUUUUCACCGUCCGGGGGUCUCACUGCUUCUGAAGAACAGAGUGUCCUGAAAUCGUUAAAUCGAGGCGAACAAUGGCGUAAUACAAUCAUAGUUUCUGAGCGGAAACGCUUUCGCAAGACUGUCCUGGAUAUGCACGAGCUCCGAAGACAGGUUUCUCAUUUCAACCAAUGGACUCUUAUACUGUCUUCCGAGCGUAGCAUUUGGCCACCCACCCCACAACAUCGUUCAUGGCGAUUAGACGAAACGGAAGGCCCAUUUCGAAUUCGGAAGAAGCUAGAGCCAAUCGAUGAAACUACACACUCCAGCAUUAAUUUUGAGAGCAGUCGACAAAUGACUAGCUUCGCAGACGUUGACUCGGAUAUCGCAUCAUUCCAUCAGAUAGAGCCCUCCUCAUGGUCAGAGAGUCAAGAAAUAUCGUCGACUGAAACGAAUGAUGAGCGCCAACUGGCAGAAGACGUUUCAGAAGACAAGCAUAGAAGAGUGCGACAUGAGUUGGAGCCGGGAGAUGUUAUUGAGGCAGUCAGUACAGUGGCUAGAGUUGCUGGAGUAGACUCCUCUCCCGGCUUGUUGAUUUUUGGCCAAUCACAUAUUUACAUGUUAGACGGUCUUGUGGAAGGUGACGGCGGUGAAGUUAUUGAUGCACACGAUGCUCCGAAAAGGCUUCUCUUUAUUCCUGGUAGCAUUGUCGAGUUAAAUGGUCUUCAAAGAGCUCAACGCUGGAGUCUUGACCAAUUGAUCAGUUUUAGCGACAGAACAUUCCUUUUUAGAGAUGUCGGGCUUGAAUUGUUUUUCAGAGACAGUCGUUCACUGUUGGUCGUUUUCUUGGACAAGUCCCAACGACAAGUUGCCGACCAGCGGCUAAAUUCCAUUCUAGAAAAGCGAGAAUCUCACGAUGGAGUUGCAGCAGGCAUUGUUCUCCACAAAACUCCACUUGGAAGAGUUGGUGCAAAAGUUAUGGCAAACUUUCGCAUAGGUGAAUUGUCAGACGCUCAACGUAGAUGGCAAAACAGAGAAAUUAGCAACUUUGCAUAUAUUAGCAUACUCAACCAGAUAUCGGGAAGAACACCCAGUGAUGCUACCCAGUAUCCCAUAUUCCGUGCGAUUUUCUUCACACACUCGUUUAUCCUCACAAAGCCCAUGGGUGCAUUAACGGACGGCCGACGUGAAGCUGCUCAGACUCGGUAUAUGAACCUAGAGAGUGUUGGUGAAGAACCAUUCCAUUACGGAACACAUUUUAGCUCAUCCAUGAUUGUUUGUCACUUUCUGAUAAGAAUGGCUCCAUAUACGAAUAUGUUCAAGACGUUGCAGAUUCUCAACAUCUUUUGCAGCGAUAUCGCAAGGACCUUCGACUCGGCCUCCAAGGAUAAUCGUGGAGAUGUUCGAGAAUUGAUCGCCGAAUUCUUUACUUCUCCCGAGUUUUUAGAGAAUUCAUCGAAUCAUGAUUUUGGAGUGCAGCAAAGUACUGGUGAUAAGAUCCAUGAUGUCAAGCUUCCACCAUGGGCUAAGAAAGAUCCUCUCUUAUUUGUUGUAUUGCACCGCCGCGCCUUAGAGAGUGACUAUGUCAGCGAAAACCUUCCGGCAUGGAUCGAUCUUAUCUGGGGUUGUAAACAGCGCGACCCUGCAGCAGUGAACGUUUUUCAUCCGUUAAGUUAUGAAGGGUCAGUAGAUCUUGAUAAGAUCACAGAUGACCUGGAGCGAGAGGCAACAGUUGGCAUCAUUCAUAAUUUUGGACAAACGCCUCACAAGUUGUUCAAUGCAUCCCAUCCGACGAGAAAUAUGUUGGGUUCUUCAUCUUUACCCGCUGGCACGCUACGCGGGAUAGAGGAGGAUGCUCUUUUGUUAGCUCAGGAGAGUAAGCCUGUCUCUGAAAUAGGCUCGCCGGUGGGUAAUAUCGCGGUAGAGCCUACCAACAUGAAAAUCUACGCAACUCGAUUUGGUAUCCUGAAUACACCAAUGCGCCCACAUGAGCAGGUACAAUGGGUACGUAGCAAUCCACACAGCUUACGGCUGAUACAAAUCGUGGAAUCGGUAUUUUGUACAUGCGCUGCUUUUGCAGAUACGGAUACUCUGGUCACUGGCUCGAGCGAUUACGCGGUGCGUCUCUGGCAGAUAAUUCGGGCUCGACAAAGUGGCCCUGGCUUUGGAGGAAAGAAUGUAGCAACCAAUAUGGCGAUAACGCAUACGAUGCGCGCACACACUGCCAAGGUAUUGUGCGUAGCAGCCUCGCGAUCAUGGUCAAUCGUUGUGAGCGGCUCCAAGGAUGGCAGUGCUGCACUAUGGGACCUCAACAGAGGCAUUUACACCAAAUCCAUCUGGCAUAAAGAGGAGGACCAACGUUCUGAUUUGGCAGAGGUGCACUUGGUUGCAAUCAACGAAAGCACAGGAUACAUUGCCACUUGCUCUCGUGCCCAACUUUGCCUACACACCAUCAAUGCCCGACCUAUAGCAAAGGUUGCCCUUGACUCGCCCAAUCUUUCCCGUUCGCUCCUGCCCUCGGUCACAUCCCUAGCGUUCCACGAAAGGGAGUACUCGCAACUUGGCGUCCUCGCGACGGGCGGUCCCGAUGGCGCGAUCACCCUUCGUACAUGGAACGCUGAUGGCACGCCUCCCGGAGAGAAAGCCGAAUGGGAGUUUGUGACGAUUACCACUCUGAAGCAUAGACCGUCGGAUAUCAAUCAAUUUUCGCCUUGCUAG